AUGAACCAUGACACUAGAAUUCUCAUCGUCGGCGCGGGAACCUUCGGCCUUUCGACUGCCUACCACAUGGUUCGGUCAGGUUACAAGUCCAUCACAGUCCUUGAAGCUGGAGACACGGUCCCCUCGCCUCUUUCUGCGGCCAACGAUCUGAACAAGAUCAUCCGAGGUGAAUAUGAGGACCCGUUCUACACCGACUUGGCUCUCGAGGCCAUGACAGAAUGGUCUACCAACCCCGUAUUUGCACCGCAUUACCACCAAGUGGGUUAUCUCUUGGCGAACUCGGCUUCCGCCCCAGAAAAAAGCAAGAAAUCGCUGUCAACCAGCCUCAAGAGCGUCGAAACACACCCAGCAUGGAAGGGAAAGAUCACCCCAGUCCAGACGCGCGAGGACAUCCGAGCCGCUGCCCCAGCCCUGAACGGGCCUAUGGAUGGCUGGGUGGGUUAUUUCAAUCGCUUCGCUGGCUAUGCCCACUCAGCGAAUGCCUUGGCAUCUGUCUACAAGGCGGUGGCCAGCUUGGGAGGAGUGAUACACUGUGGUUUGACUGUGACGGAGUUAUUACAGAAAUGUAUUGGGGUAAAAACACGUUCCGGGAAGAGCUUCUCGGCAGAUAUCGUGGUCCUCACAGUUGGAGCCUCCCUGGCUUCUGUGCUUCCGCAGGUUGGACCUCAGGUCACGGCAAAAGCCUGGAGCGUAGCACACGUCCAGCUGACUAAGGAGCAGGCUGAUCAGCUUGCGGGGAUCCCGGUGACAUACGCAAGGGACCUCGGCUUCUUCUUCGAACUGGACCUAGAGACUCUGCAGCUAAAAGUUUGUCCGUUUGGAGGGGGCUAUACAAACCGCGUAUCUAUUCACGGAUCAAACCACUCCCUUCCCCCGCAGAUCAACGACUUCAUACCCGCACAGGACGAGCAGAAGAUCAGAAACCUUCUGCGUGAGACACUGCCCGAUCUCGCCGAACGGCCGUUGAUAUGCCAGCAUAUUUGCUGGUGCGCUGACUCGGCUGACUCGGACUUUAUCGUGGAUUUUGUGCCCGGAGUUCAGCGCCUGGUUGUUGCCAGCGGAGAUUCUGGCCACGGUUUUAAGAUGCUGCCAAUCAUAGGUCGUUUUAUUCAAGUCUUGGUGGAAGAAGGUAAUCAAAAGCUUGUACGGUGGCGGUGGAAGGAGGGAAAUGACGCUGGUGGUAACGUCAGCUGGAGAACCGGGGACGUAUUCGAUUUGAAGAGUCUUGGAAUUCAUGCCGGUGCCCAGUUAUAA